AUGUCAUCGGACCAGCAACCCCUCCGCAUAGCCAUCGGCUGCGACGACGCGGGCGUUUCGUACAAGAAAGCCAUCAUCAAAGACCUCGAAGCCGACUCGCGCAUCGCCUCCGUGACCGACGUUGGCGUACCUGAAAACAGCGACAAAACCGCAUACCCGCACAUCGCCGUCGAUGCCGCCAAGCUCGUCGCAGAAGGCAAGGCAGACCGCGCAGUUCUCAUCUGCGGUACCGGUCUCGGUGUCGCUAUCUCUGCGAACAAGGUGCCUGGUAUCAGGGCUGUAACGGCACAUGACUCCUUCUCGGUGGAGCGCGCCAUCUUGUCGAAUGAUGCGCAGGUACUGUGUAUGGGCGAGAGGGUUAUUGGCAUCGAACUUGCGAGGCGGUUGGUGAAGGAGUGGGUAGGAUAUCGAUUUGACAAGGGCAGUGCGAGUGCGAAGAAGGUACAAGCUAUCAUGGACUAUGAGAAGCAGAACUACGCGGGGUUGGUCAAGGAUCAAGCCGACGCGAAGGGCUGUUAG